UGAAACAUAACGUUACAUCUCAAUAUGGCAAAAACAUAAACAUGGCUGCCUCGAGUGGUUGUGGUCAAAAAAGAAAAACCGAAAGUGCAAAUGGAGGGGCUAGUUCUAAAAAGAAGCCGAAUUUCGCCUGGAACAAAGGGUUGCUUGCAUCUAUGGAUGACCCUGAACUGCAGGAAUAUGUAGACGAGAAAGUUGUAAUCAUAAAAGACAAAUAUCCAAAGGCAAAGCACCAUUUCCUUGUUAUGCCCAAAGAAAACAUACCCAAUCUGAACAGUCUGAAACCCGAGCAUCUUGAACUUUUAGAAUAUCUCCAUGAAAAGGGCGAGGAAGUCAUUCACAGAACUGAUGAAACUUUGAAGUUCCGGUUGGGUUAUCAUGCCGUUCCAAGCAUGAGCCAUUUACAUUUACAUGUUAUCAGCCAGGAUUUUGACAGUCCAUGCUUGAAGAAUAAAAAACAUUGGAACUCUUUCACAACAGAGUAUUUCUUUGAUUCAGAAGACAUAAUGAAGAUGUUGAAAGAAAAGGGAAAGGUUCAGCUGGAUAGCUCAAAAUUCCAAGAUGUGCUCAAACGAAAUCUCAGGUGCCAUGUGUGUAGAAAAGACUUCUCUACAAUGCCAGCCCUCAAGACACAUAUCAAGGUGCACAGCUACAAAAACACAUGAUAACACAGCGUAAAGCAUCAUUUUUCACUGUCGUUUAAUUCACUGUCUCCUUUGAGUUUCCUCGGAUUAGCUAGGUGUGGAUAGUUUACUUUAUCAUAUAUAAACUGUAGGAUAAGUCAGUCACAGUAGUUCACUUGUAUCCCAUGUUUGAUCAUCCAUGUCAUUUCUUGUAGCUCAGUGCCUUUUUAAGGAGUUACAUGUUUAAGUGAUUUAAUUGAAAUGUUUAAUGAUCAGGUUUUAUGUGUGAAUUAAAUGAGAAUCUUGUCAAAGUAUACUUUUGAUAGUAUCAGAGAUAGUUCUGGACUUAUCAAGUUCUUCGGGCAAAUGUCUGUAACACUUGCUUUCAGUGCCUCAUGGUCAGUCAGUGUGAACACUUUUUUGUCUGUUUACCCGUUAUGGUGAAACCUGUUUUUAUUUAACCCUCAAUCUUUUUUCACAUUCUGCCAUAUUCAAAAUUUUAUGGACUUCCCUAAAAAAAUAUUUGUUUAUAAUAUAUAUGAACUCAAAAUUCUGGUAACUGUUUAUUCUAAAAUUGUAUAUUUGAGUUUUCUGCCAACCUGCAACAUAAUCUUACCAAAGCACAUGGUGUUGAAUAGUGUUGAAAACCCAGCUAAUGUGGUGUCAUUUGAGUGUGAAAAUGUGGUAGCUACUCGUCUCACUAUCAUUGUUUGGUUAAUGUGUGGAGUAUAGGAACACUAUUUGAGGGAAUUAUGAGGUUCUGACACAAAUUCUGCAAUCUGAGAGCAGAACUUCAUAUUCCUUACACACCUUUAUAAUAGCAGAUUGCUCCAGGUUUGUCAUGAAAUGUUUGUGGUGAAAAUUUAUAAAGCUUUAAUUUGCUGCCUACGUUCCUGUUUAUAUAUAAAUGUACUAUGGUGUCAGAUGAAUCUGAUCAUGAAAUUUGAUGAACCUCUAUUUAAAUAUUGCUUUUCAAAUUAAUCAUUUUUCAUAAUUUUGUUUCUUGCUUCAACCAUGGGAUUUUAAUUUUCUUCGCCUAAAUGAUUCGUCACCAGGCCUAAAGUUGCCAUGUAGACAGAAAGUAAAUGAACUAAGAUAGAUGGCCCUUUUCCAAGAACUUGUGUUUUAUUUAACUGUAUAUGACGAUAGGUUGUCUUUUUGAGUAAUGUAAAAAAAUGUUUUUUGCAAAAUAUUGAUCAGACUAGCUACCAGCAGACCGUCCUUGUUUCCUCUCUAUCCGUUUGUGGUGCCUCUUUCAUUUGUUGUACCUUUUUUAUAAGUAGGGUCAUGCUGUAAUUAAAUUGGGUAUUUUUACCGUUAUUCUUUUUCUUGUAAAGAGAGUCAUGGAAUAUUGUUUAUUAAUAAACCUGUAACGGAUGUAGACUUGCUGGAACUUCCUUGAAAAGUCAGGUCCCAAUAAAGUACUAAAUUUUGCUGUUCAAAUUUUGCAUGGUUUCAUGUGGCAGAAAUGUUUGUAGCCAGUUUUCAUUUUUGUAAAAUGUUUUAGAUUUGUGAUAAAGUCCAUAAUAUUUUAUUGACAUAUAAACUAAAACAAUUAUACGAAUAUAUUAACAGACUAAAAGUUGACAAUUCAGAAAAUUUUCAGAAGCAUUAAACAGGAAUGACCUGAUAUGAAAAUUCAGAUUUUUAAAAUAAUGCUGCAAACUUCUCCUUUCUAAAAGCGUUCCAGACUUAGAAAUAUACGUCAAGUAUCUAGAAUUUUACAAAUCUUGUGCUUUUCCUGAUGGACUCGCUCACAUUAUAGAGAACCCACUACAGGUAUAACUCGCAGUAAUGGGACUCAUCAACAUUUUGAAAUUGAUAUUCACGACUUUUAAGAGGAAAUCCCACAAAAACCACUACAAAUGAUGAUUAACUAAUGGAGCUAAAUUUAGAUUAUGUAUUACGUUUUAAGUUUUGUAAUCUACUGCAAAAUCACUACCGGGCAACAAACAAACGAAAUAAAAGUGAUUUUUUUAUA